UUAUAUAUGAUUGUAAACCAUGUAUAUGAACCUAAAUUGUUACUCGGGUACUUACAUCAUAAUAUACAGAAUUAUCAACAAUAUUAUUUUAAGUGUUUUUUUGUUAUUAUAAAGUAUUAUUUUACAGUAAGUAUUUACGUUUUUGGUCACGUGUCAUCAAAAUAAAUGUAACUUAAUUUCGUUAUAAUCACAAUUAUCUCGCCACAGCCAUAUCGACCAUAAGUCAUAACAUAUUAUAUUCUUCCGACAUUCUAUAUUUUUUAAACCGCAGUCCUCUCUCUGUUGGGCACGUUCUCAGUAGUCAUUAGUAAUGACUCAUUACUCACGAUAUAGCAUAAUAUUAUACUAUAUUAGUCGGUAACAUACGAUUUCACACUUCCACCUUCUUCAUCGGUACGUCAUGACAUUGUCGUAUUCGCCAAUUUUCAAUCGAUCGUUUUUGAUCACAUAUUCGUUUUUUGUUGGUAGAGGAAGGAACACGUCAUGCUCGUGUGGGGGAUGGUGGCACUUGUUCUCCGGACACCGUGACUUGCCCGAAGAAAAAUGCCGCCUAGUGGCCGAGGAUCGAACCAGCGACGGCAGCGCCGCAACCGACGCCUUAGACCGCUCGGCAACCUCGUCCCCCUAUAUUAUAUUGUUAUUAACUUUUGAGUCAAUACUUUCUUAUCAUAGAUCGGUCCAAUUUGGCAAUUAUUGUAUCCAAAUAAUAUAUGAAAUGAUGUUAACAGCUAGUAAGUAAAUCUAAUAAUUUAGGUAAUAUUUCAUUGCCAAAUUUAAGUCUCAAUGCAGUUAUUUUUUUAUAUUGUCAUCACUAUGUUACGUAUUGUUAUCUAUAAUAUGUAUAAUAUAUAUAUAUGAAGAAAGCCGCGGAAGCGAUAGUUACUUUACUUAUAUCGUAUUUCGUAAAACAAAAUAUGUACCUACCUAUAGAUAGUAUAUCAAAUAUUUCUUAGAUUUUUCGUAUCAGAAUAAAAUACGCGCAAUAAUGACCUUGAUAUAAAUAUUUAUCUUCACACUAUUACUAAAUAUCCGCUAAUCUGUGUAAACACUCGCGCUCACACGGCGUUCGAAACAGUCUUUUUUUUAAGGUUUUGUUUCUACGUUUCUUCAAUAGAUUGUAUAUUCGUAAAAAUUAAAAAUUAUGUUCUGGCGAAGCGGUCGGCUAUACGGAUACGGCGGACCUAGCUCGCAAAUGGCAUAAGUUCCAGUGACUCUUCGGAGUUCCGUGAGGCGAGUGUCCGACAAUGCCUUAAGUCCGAACCCGGAUCCGAUUAUUCGGUAGCGUCAAUGCCAUGGAAUUACAUACGAAUCUAUUCGAAACGAAAACCACAAAAAAAAAAACAUUUCGUCCGUCCGUUGUGGACUUUGUAUUUUCUUCUCCGAAUUUAUAAAAUAUUUUAUUAUAAUAUCAAAAUUAGCAUAA